UGUGUGAGGCUAAUGUGACAUGAAGAAGAAGCGGAAGUCGUGGAUUCCAAACAGAAACAGUCAUGGCAGCCACCAUUCAAAGUUUGCUGGAAGAAAUAUCCGGAGUUGAAGACCCAGUAGAAGAGUUACAGAGCUUAAAAACUGCUUUGCUGUCCAUUCCAGUCAGCGCCCUGAGAGACGUCCUGAGCGGACAGCGUUUCGAUGUGAUUUUCUCUCUGCUGAACACUAAUGAAAGGGAGCAGGUUGAUCUGUGUGUGGACAUUCUUGAACGCAUCCUAAUAGCCCUCAGUCCUUUGCAUUUGGUGCAGAACUACAGAGGAAAGCUGCAAGAGGGUUUGAGCCAUCCAAACGACACAGUUAAGAUACUGGCUUUGACACAGAUUGGCAGGGUGGUGGAGCACCCAGACGCUGUCACACAAAUCCUCAACAUCCAUGACAUUUUACGGGCAGUGAUCCUUUGCAUCGGUGAGGAGAAAAUUGCUGUGGCAAAACAGGCAAUUCAGUCCCUUUCUAAAAUAAGUCACUCUAAGUCUGGAUUAGACAAGUUAUUUCAGAGUGAUCUCCUUGAAGUCAUGAAGGAAGUGAUGGGCAAAAACGACAUAAUCAGAUACAGAAUAUAUGAGCUGGUGGUUGAAAUCUCAUCAUUUUCUCCAAUUUCUCUCGGUUACUGUGCCAACAGCGGCCUCAUUUCCCAGCUGCUCAGCGAGCUGACUGGAGACGACGUCCUAAUCAGGGCCACUUCGAUUGAGAUGGUGACCACUCUGGCUCACAGUCAGCAUGGUCGCCAGUAUUUGGCCCAGCAGGGCAUAAUGGAUAAGAUUUCCAACAUGAUCAGAGGAGCCGAUAUGGACCCGUUUGCCUCCCUCUACCUUCCAGGUUUGGUGAAAUUCUUUGGGAACCUGGCCAUUACGGACAGCCCCCAGCAGGUUUGUGAAUCCUACCCCAUCUUCCUGAACAAGGUGUUUGACAUGGCCAUGGAUUCGGAUCCCGUCAUGGUUGGUGUGGCCCUGGACACUUUGGGAUUACUUGGUUGUACAGUCGAGGGGAAACAGGUUCUCCAGAAGACGGGAGAAAACUUCAAGUCUGUGUUCUUGAGAAUCAGCCAACAUGCUAGUUCUGGAGCUACUGAGCUCAGAGUUCGAAGCUUGGAUGCCAUAUCACAGCUGCUCACCCUUCUGCCGGAGCAUCAGACAGAAGACCUUCUGUCCCUUACGGAGUCCUGGUUCCACCUUCUGUCUAACCAGCCAAUGGAUAUGAUUCGCAACAUCAGCACUCAGCCUUUUCCAGAGCUGCACUGCAGGGCUUUGAGGAUCUUCUCUGCCAUUGCAAGCCAGCCGUGGGGUCAGAAGAUGAUGGUUAACACUCCUGGUUUCAUGGAGUUCAUUCUGGAUCGCUCAACUGGUCAAUCAAAGGAGGCGAAAGAUGCCAAAUUUGAACUGGUGGGAUCUCUUCUGGGCUCAUCUACAGCGUCAGAAAUACUGGGCAGUCAGAACUACAUCCGCCUGAAGACGUAUCUGAGUGAAGGACCCUACUACGUAUCAGCCGUGGCCUCCGUCAGCACGGAAGGAGCCGACUAAUUCACUUAAAGUCGGCAUACACACUAGGCUUUAUUGUUUAAGUAUUUGGUGAAUUCAUUGUUAACAAAACGCCUCAUUUUGAUACCUAUUUUGUUUAAAGAUAACAGAUUUUUAGCUUAAAUUGGCAAAUGUACCAUGAAUCACUAGAAAAUGACAAAUAAAAGACUAUUAGCCAUUGAAGCUGUUUAGAUACUUUUAGAGAAAUAAUUGGCGUAAAAUUACUUGAAUGACUUUAUACAUUUAAAAUUGUAAUAGAAGGGAAGCAAAAAGCAAGCUUUCAUGUUUUUAACCACUUAGUUAAGCAAUAAACUCUAUAAUAUGUCAGAUAGUACAAGUUUUUCAUCCAGAGACGCUGUUCAGUUUUUUUUCUACGCUUUAAACUUUGAACUUAUCACAACAACUUCUCUCCAAAGUUAUGUUUCUUUUUGUGUCAGUGAUUUUUUUUUUUUUUAAUAAAUGUUUACAAAUAUAUAUUUCUUUACCUUUCAUGUAUAGGAAAACAAGUCAUGAACAAAUAAAUUUGGUUUGGGAGAUUCAAAA